CAAGACCGACAAGGAACUUUGGAUUUCUUUGUAUCAAGAACAUGGCAAAACGCCUGAGAUUCCGGCAACACAUGGUAUGUGUCUCCUCUCCCGAGAUGCGAAUCUCGCUGACUGUUCGCAGCCAGCUACGAGAAUCGCUUCAGCUCCUCGCAGGCGACUGUCCUUGCGGAAGUGAACUUCGGUCCAGAAUGGAGCUACAAAUACCAAGAUUUGGACUUCCCGCGCGAGAAGAUGGUUCAAUUGAAGCAGUGGUCCGACCUCGUAUUCAAUGGAUUCACGGAGACCAUUAAGAAGUUGGGCAAUCAAGCUUUCAACAUUAACCAUGUCUUCCAGCACAAUGUCAUCGAUGACGGCGUUCUUGCAGUUCUGAAAUCGGUGAUCGAAUCGGAUAGCCUUGAUCGCGAGACUAAUAGAGUAAGUGCAGCGUUCGCAGGAAUGGUCUCCAAGGAGCAGUGCUAACAGUAGCAGUGGCCGGGAUACCAGUUCGACAUUUCGACACGGCAAGCUAGAGCUGUGCUGUCCGUUGCAAAUGCAAAAGGUGUUUGGUGGAUGCUUUGUUCGCACAAGAAAGAACUUGGUGAGAACGCAACAUCUUCAUAUUAUGAUCUUCGGCUGACAUCUCCUGUUUGAUUAGGCGUAAAGACCAUUGACCAGAUCAAUAUUUUUGAGUGCUCCAAGGCGGGAUCGGGAAACAGAGUGGAAUGGUGUAUAUAUUUUCAUGUGAUCGAUGUCGAGAAGGAGCCAGAAUCUGAGGGAGACGAAGGUGAUGG